AUGAGCGACGACGCCGAGGUCCGCGCCCGCGCCAGCCGCGUCCAGCAGCUGAUCCUGCAGAAGAAGUUUGUCGAGGCCGUGUCGACCUCGCUGGAGAACCCGCCCGUGAACGCGCCGGACGAGGCCACGCGCGUCGCCAACGCCCAGACUGUCUUUAGCGCGCUGCUUGCUUGCUCCAAGGCCGACAUUGCGCGCACCGUGCAGGAGCUCACGCCCGACUUGGAAGACAACUUGAUGAAGUACGUGUACAAGGGCCUCUCGGUGCCCCAGAACAACUCGGUCUUUCUCGAGUGGCAUGGCCAGCUCGCAGCCAAGGCCGGCAGCGGCUGCAUCAUCCGCGCCAUGACCGACCGCAAGGGCGUGUAA